GCUAUCCUCAUAGAAGAUGAAACAAUUGCCGAAAACUUACUCAUGCAGGAGGUGCAGUAUCUGCAGCAGUGCAUAACUCACGCCAUUGGAAUAUUUGUCGACCAUGAUGUAUACAAGAGUUCAGAACAGAUCAUCAAAGAUCUGGAGUACAAUAUUUGGCCCAUACUCUCGCCACACGUAUAUCUCUUUCCAAAAGUGGCGCACUUAUUACAUCAAAUGCCUUGGGGAGAAAGUAUAGCUUCUGUGGAAAUUCUCACUGAAAAUCUGGCAACUUAUAAUGAGUUUAUGGAGGCAAUACGGCAUGAACAAAUGUGCUUAAUGCAUUUCAAGAGCGACAAAAAUGUCUACAUCCUUUUCGGUAAUAAGAUGGCUCACCAUUUUGAAGAAAAUGGCACAAUUUUCGCAGUUCCCACCGAUCGCGCAUAUCGUACGUUUAUAUCAGAUCUACCAGAUAAAUCAUAUAUACUUAUGGAACGCGAAAUAGAUGCGGAUGCGAUUGACGGGAAUUCUACCUUAUCUACAUUAGACGAAACAUUUAAGGGCAAAUCAGUUCAACCAUCUCGAGUUUUCGCUUUUGCUCGUCCAAUGCUGGAGCUGGUGCGUUGGCUUAAGGGCUCGUUGAUGCGCAACUGUAAGCGGGAGCAAAACAUUUUCAUAUUCGAGUCAUGCUUCAAUUUUCUCACGUUCAUCGCCGACUGGCAAACGCCUGAGUAUCGUCAGUACUACGAACCUGCAAAAAUUCUAGAACUAUUACACAUGCAUCGAUUUGCUUCCCUAAUGAACUUCCAAAUGUAUCAGAAAGUCAGCGAAAAUGGUCACGGAACUGCAACCAUUUCGUCUGGCGAGGAUCACAUAGAACUGCGGGAGAUUGCGUCCCAAAACUUUGUUACCAACAUAACUACUUUCUAUCACUACAACAGAGCGAACAGCACAAGUCUAGAGCUGAAACCGAAGUUCGGACAGGUCUUCAAUUGCCAGUACAGUGCGGGGGAGAAUGCAAGGUAUCCGUUUUUAUUCGAUGGAGAAUCUGUGAUGUUCUGGCGUAUUAAGCCCGAUGCUUGGGUAGCCACCGGGAUGACGGCCGCUAUUCUCGGCUUAAUAAUAACCUUGGCCAUAUUGGUGUUCAUAGUAGUGCGCAUAUCCUUGGGCGACGUGUUCGAAGGCAACCCGGUCACCUCGAUUCUCUUAUUGCUCUCUUUGAUUUUACUAUUCACAUCGUUUGUGCCAUUCUCUUUGGAGUACAUUGGCGAACACCGUAACUCGCACGUGACUUUCGAAGAUGCCGCCACACUGAACACCCUUUGCGCCGUGCGCGUUUUCAUUAUGACCCUCGUCUACUGCUUUACAUUUUCGUUGCUGCUUUGCCGUGCCGUAAUGCUAGCAUCGAUCGGCUCAGAGGGCGGAUUUUUGUCCCAUGUCAACGGCUACAUUCAGGCAGUCAUUUGCAUUCUCAGUAUCUUCGUGCAGUUGGGUAUGUCCAUACAGCUGCUUGUGAUUAUGCAUGUCGCCACUGAGAGUAUAUCAUGCGAGAAUAUGUACUAUGGACACUGGCUGUGGGUUUUGGUCGCUUACGAUUUCAUCUUGCUGGUGGGAGUUGUCGCCCUGGUACCGUUCAUAUAUCGCUCACAACGGAAUUAUCGGGAAGGAAUCCUCAUUGUUAUUGGUGCAGUGCUGACUUUUCUCAUUUGGAUUGUUUGGAUUGGAAUGUCAUUUUUCGGAGAUGAGAUACGUGAUGCAGCUAUUCCUUUGGGUCUUCAGGCCACCGGUUGGGCCAUAUUGGUGGGAGUGCUUAUUCCGCGUACGUUUCUUAUCGUGCGCGGUAUUGAGCGUUCGGACAUUGCUCAGGCGUUGCCGUCGCUUACUUCGCUUGCCUUCGCGCAGAAUAAUCAGUACUCUUCCGAACAGAGCGUUUAUGAGUGUGUUAAUCCAGCUAUGCGUAGUUGCUCGCAAGCAGAAAUGGCCCAGUCUCCAAGUGAAAUUCCUACACUUCCACUGCGCGGUGGUGGUCCACGACGUCAACAAUUUUUUGCCAACCUGCGUCAGGCCAAUGCCAACAUAAAUCCACAGAGACCUCCAUCUCGUCCACAACGGGGAAGCCCCACGAGAUCAGAGUGUUCAUCUUUACCAGACUCACCCGAGAGCAGUAAAAUAACUCGAUUCUAGAUGGGAAGGAAUAAGUGAAAGGGAGAAAUUUUAUAUUACUUUAUUGUAUUUUAACGGUCCAUCAUCUUUGUAUCUAGUCAUUGUCUUUUGAAGACUGUCAUUUUUAUUACUCAUCAACUCGAGGCAUAUUAUAUACAAAUGCAUAUUUUACCAAGUCAGUAAUAAAUCCUUACAAGUUUAAGUAU